CAACAAUCGCAUGACGCAGAGCUUGUCGGAUGGACUGGCUGAGCUUGCAAGCAGGCAGCGAGUCAAUCGAGCGCGGGCAGCUGCUGGGGCGCAGAGUCCGGUCGCCUUCCAGCCGCAGCCACCGUCACAAGAACAGCAGCUGCAACAGCAGCAACAAGAGGUGGCUGUCGUCACAAGCAGUACGGCUGCUGCCGGCGGACCUGAGACCGAGUUGGCGCCAAAGCCAAGGCAGCAGACGGCGCUGGGUCGCCAGCCGCCGCCACGAGAUGCAUCGUCGCCAUCAUUGCAUGGCUCUGCUCGCACUGUCACAGAGACGACCAACAGCGGCGGCGGCGGCGGCGGCGGCGGCGGCGGAGGACCGGACGCAGCGACCAACCGAGCGUCGAUUGCAAGCCAAGCAAAGCAGCACAAGAACGCCGCCGCUCAAGUUCCCGCCAAUGCAUCGCCCAGUCAUGCAAGUCGGCACGCUGGCCGUGGUGCAAACGCAGCCGCCCACUACCAGACUGCUGCGUCGUCCGUGAGCGUGGCAGCGUCGCCAAGACCGAGCUCUCCUGCUGCUGCUGCUGCUGCGACUGCUGCGACUGGAGUCGGUUCCAGUUUGCUGGACGAUCAGGCCGCCGUCCAACCGAUGGCAUUGGUGCCAUCACUCAGUGGCAAUGUUAAUCAUGGGGCUCGAGACGUGGUGGAGCCGGUUGGCGAAUUGCCGGUCGCGCUUCUUGGCAGCUCCAUGCCCGCGUUUAUCGCCCAGGCCGUGGAACAGCUGAUCGAAGGUCACCAACGGCAUAUGGAUGCCGUUCGUUGCCAAGCCGAGUCAAUAGCCGCGCAACAGUUUGCAAUUCUUGAGAGCAAGCACGCUGCCGAGCUCGCUCAACUCACACGGACUCUGCAAGAGCGCGAUAGUGAAAUCACUCGUUUAUCAGGCAUGCUUGCUUUGCAAGAACGCCAGUCAAGUGAGCUAGCAUCCCGGCUACACUCUUCGGAAGAGCAGUGCGACGAACUAAACCAGGAAUUGGCGCGAUGGCGCGAACAAGGCACGAAAUGGCGCGAGUUUAAGGUUCAGUUUGAGCAGCGAAAAUCUGGGCGACAACAUGGCACACCUUCAUCCACCCCCACAUCCACCAGCAGUCGAGCAAUCACGCCGACCGAGCAUCAUUCACGUGGUGCGACAGUGCCACCGCGUGUAAUAUUUGACGAGGAUCACACGGCGACAAUCUUGAACAAGGAAACGUCGGAAAACACCAGCGCUGACCAUCGAGCACCGCCGCUGGAGAACCACCACGAUGUAAACGGCCCUCAAUCCCCACACACGCCUGAGCAGCUUCAGCAGCAGCGACAGGGUGUGGAGGACCUGGAGCAGAUCAACUCUGAUGCAGAGUCGCCAGAGUCGCCAACAACCGAUGCUACUGUCGCCGGUGUGUCUCCUCAUCGACAGCCUAGCAGGGCUUUGAGUCUUGGAGCAAGACCCCAACUCACAGUGAUCGAGUCCGAAAUGAGCGAAAGCUUUGACAUGUUUGUGGCUCGAUCUCCGUCACCCGUGGUCACUACAAUUGCGGACAUUGUGCGAGUCAACGGCCUGGAGCAUGCAAGCACAGACUAUUCGACCGCCACGGCAAGGCUGAGUUUGAAGCGGCCCGCCAACGAUGAGGGCCUUCCGGCAGAAAGAAGCAAGUCGCCACGACUCGCCUUGCCCACCUCGUCCUCUAUCGUCAUUGUCUCAGGCGACGGGAAGGCGGCCAGUCUACGUCCCAGCACGAGUGGCGGAUCGAGCGAUGGUCUUCCGGCCGUCCAGUGGGGAGAUCGGCCACAAGCGAGCGCAGCCUUCAAGUACGUCGAGGUUGUACGCAACCGAGAGGCGCGUGAUCGUCUUCCUGCCGCCGAAUGCAACGAAUGCGAGAAGUUUUUCGCUGGUCAAUCCCAUCUGCAGGGCAAGAACUUUCAACAUGUCUGCCGACACAAGCAUGUCUCGCUUCCACCCAAGUCACCAGAAGGCUUUUGGAAUGUUGAUUUUGCUGCCACGCAAGGCUCUGGUGGUCGCUCUGCAUGCAACUCGAUGCUCGACAAUCAACCAUCUCCUUCGUCUCAGCAGCAGGAUCAGCACCACGAUGUGAUUAUUGAUUCUGACGAUCAAUGAGCGCAUUGUUGUGCUUUUUUUCUUUGUUGUUGCUGUCUGUACUAAUAUACCGCUUUAUUUAG